AGAGUCUUGUAAUCCGGGACUCUUUAACAAGCAAGAAAAGGUAAGCUAACUAAACUGAGAAAAAACAGCAAAGAUAAUCAGAGAGAGCAGAAAAAAAGAAAACAGAGAUUCUUUUAAACUAACGAAGACAUAGCGUUUUUCUGAAGUAGAAGCUUUGGUAUUCGGAAAAAUGUCGUUUGGUAGUAUUGUUCGUGAUGUUAGAGAUAGUAUAGGAAGCUUUUCGAGACGUAGUUUCGAAGUUAGAGUGUCUAAUGGGACUCAUCAGAGGAGUAAAUCUCACGGUGCAUCUGUUGAGACACAUAUUGAAGAUCUUGUUGUAAUCAAGAACACUCGUUGGGCUAAUUUACCGGCUGCGCUGUUACGAGAUGUGAUGAAAAAGUUGGAUGAUAGCAAGAGCACUUGGCCUGCUCGUAAGCAAGUUGUUGCUUGUGCUGGUGUUUGCAAGACAUGGAGACUAAUGUGCAAAGAUAUUGUGAAAAGUCCUGAGUUCUCAGGCAAACUCACAUUUCCAGUUUCAUUGAAACAGCCCGGGCCUAGGGACGGAACCAUACAAUGUUUUAUCAAAAGGGACAAGUCUAAUAUGACUUACCAUCUUUACCUUUCUCUUAGUCCUGCCUUACUUGUUUAAAGUGGAAAGUUUCUUCUCUCGGCAAAGCGCACACGGAGAACUACAUACACAGAGUAUGUGAUGUCAAUGGAUGCAGACAACAUAUCAAGAUCAAGCAGCACUUACAUUGGCAAACUGAGGUCUAACUUUCUAGGGACAAAAUUUAUAGUAUAUGAUACGGCUCCUGCGUACAACAGUAGCCAGAUAUUGUCCCCACCAAACCGGAGUCCUAGGUUCAACUCCGAGAAAGUCUCUCCCAAGGUCCCCUCUGGAAGUUACAACAUCGCUCAAGUUACAUACGAGCUUAACGUGUUUGGAACCCGUAGACCUCGCAGGAUGAACUGCACUAUGCACUCUAUCCCUUCCUUAGCUUUAGAACCCGGUGGUACUGUCCCUGGCCAACCUGAGUUUCUACAACGUUCCCUUGAUGAAUCUUUCCGCAGCAUCGGUUCCUCAAAGAUAGUCGACGACUCGGGAGAUUUCACCAGCGCCCGGUUCUCAGACGUUGUUGGACCGCAAGGAGAAGAAGAUAAAGGAAAGGAACGACCUUUGGUACUGAAAAAUAAACCCCCGAGGUGGCACCAAAAGUUGCAGUGCUGGUGCCUUAACUUCAGAGGGAGAGUGACAGUAGCUUCAGUAAAAAACUUCCAGUUGGUAUCCGCUGCAACGGUUCAGCCCGGCGCUGGAGCAUUGACCACAUCGGUAUCAUCACAGAAGCAAGGGCAACCAGACCAUGAUGAGAUGAUACUACAGUUUGGGAAAGUGGGUAAGGAUAUGUUCACUAUGGACUAUCGUUAUCCUCUCUCUGCCUUUCAGGCAUUUGCCAUUUGCUUGAGCAGCUUUGAUACUAAAUUGGCAUGUGAAUAAAAGUAGAAAGAUCAUAAGAUGGAGUUCAAAUGAAUAGGAACCGUUUGAUGUAUACGGUAUCGAUUAUGCUAGGGGGCUUGUUUGUUUUUGUUUAUCUCAUCUCGUGUGCUGGUGAAUGUGAACAUUAUGGUUAUUUA